AUGGGAAACUUGAGCAAUUUAUCCUUUCUUUACCUUCAUUACAAUGAACUUUCAGGAUCUGUUCCUCCCGAAAUAGGAAAGAUGCGCAAUUUAUCCAAUCUUAAUCUUCAACACAACAAACUUUUGGGAUCUAUUCCUCCCGAAAUAGGAAAGAUGGCCAAUUUAUCCUCUCUGGACCUUCAAAACAAUGAACUUUCGGGAUCUAUUCCUCAGGAAAUUGGAAUGAUGGGCAAAUUAGUCACACUACUUUUAAAUAACAACUUUUCUGGUUCUAUACCUCAAGAAGUUGGAAUGAUGAGAUCUCUCACUAACCUUGAUUUGUCAUCUAAUUUUCUCAUUGGUCCAAUUCCCUCUUCCAUUGGAAACUUGAGCAAGUUACAACAACUUUACUUUUAUUUCAACAAUCUUUCUGGUUCCAUACCUGAGGAAUUAGGAUUGCUUAAACAUCUGUGGGUAGUUCAAUUAUCAAGUAAUAAACUCACUGGUCCAAUCCCAGAUUCCAUAGGAAAUUUGGUUAAAUUGUACGAUCUUGCACUUUAUCAAAACAACCUUUCUGGAUCAAUUCCAACCACAAUUGGAAAUUUGACCAAGCUUGCCAUUUUAUCUUUGUUCAUGAACGAACUAAGUGGUUCUGAUCCACUCGAAAUGAAUAAUCUUACCAAUUUCAUAAAAUUGGAACUAAGUUUCAACAAAUUUACUGGGCCAUUGCCUAAGCAGAUAUACCAUGCUAGAGCACUACAACAUUUUGGUACUGUUGAUAACCAUUUUACAGGCCUUGACCCAGAAAGCUUGAAAAUUUGUAAUAGCCUCGUUCGAGUUAGGCUUGAUGGAAACCAACUAAGAGGAAAUAUAGCUGAAGAUUUUAGCAUUCAUCCGAACUUGAUUUAUAUCGAUUUGAGUGGAUACGACCUGAACUUGGUGAGGCAAAUAUGCUACAUGUCCUUAUCUCUCUUCAAACCAUCUAAUGGAACAUAUUCCAAAGGAAUUGGAGCGCCUAAAGUUAUUGCUCGAACUUUCAGAAAAAUACUCCGUGGAAGCAUUCCUUCUGAUAUAGGAAGCCUGCAGUCUCUUCAAAGUCUUGAUUUUAGUCAUAAUUUGCUGGUAGGAGAUAUACCACGACAGCUUAGAGGCAUGAAACAGUUGGAAAUAAUGAAUCUCUCUCACAAUAAUCUCUCUGGUUCCAUCCCAUCCACAUUUGGUGAUAGUGCAAGCUUGACAUCCAUUGAUAUAUCCUACAAUGAGUUAGGGGGUCCUAUUCCUAACAUCACGGCCGUCCGCAAGGCUCCAAUUGCAGCACUGAAAAAUAACAAAGGCUUGUGUGGUAAUGUUAUUGGCUUGAAGCUGGGAUGCACAGACGCGGCUCCCAGGCCGGCGCACCCGCGUCCGACGCGGUAG